AAAACCCUCUCAUUUAUAUUUCGUCUUCUCUUUUCUAGAUUUAUCUCUCUCCCUUUCUCUCUCUCUCGCUCCUUGAAUUUGUUUUCCCAACUUGAGGAAAGGGAGAAAAGGACAUCACAUCAGUUGAUCCAUCUCAUUUGCAAUUCAAUGGAGUUUCCGGUUAUUGAAAACACCGUCUCCGAUUCAACAAAUUCGAGUUUGCAAUCCAAAGUCUCAACAGAAUCAGACAGCGAAACACCAUCUCCGAUUCAACAAAUAUCUCGAGAUUCAGCCGCUUAUGAACUGCGAAAACCUAUCACCCCCGACCGACUCAAGCUCCCCAAGGCAUUUAAGUACCCCGAAAGGUACAGGAGUCCAACUGAUUCUGUGAUGUCACCGGUCACGAAAGGCCUGCUUGCAAGAAACAGAAAGGGCGGAAUACUUCUACCUCCCAGCAUUAACCACACCAAGAUCCAAGACUUGCAUGUUCAAGAUGUGGGUUUGAGUCAAAAGGAAGGCAUUGAAUGCUAAAUCGCAUGAAAAUGUACAAGGGUUUAGAGAAUCCAUUAAUAUUUUCCCAGCUGCAUUUCUGCUCUUAUCUAUAUGUAAAUGUUUCAGUUUUAUCAUCCAAUUCUAGAGAAUUUCUUUAUGGAAGUGGGUAUAUCUUGUAAUUUUUUUGAUCAGGCAUUUUUAUGCAGAAACAAUUUGGUUUAUGUUAUAAAAACUGUCCAUUGCCUUUUCAUUUCAGUGUUCUGGUUGACAUAUAUGCUUGGAUGUAAAGAAGAAGAAGCUAAAUUAUGAUACAUACAUAUAUAUAAUAUAUUUAAUAUAUGAUUGAAAUUUUCUUCAUAUAUAAAAAGUAUAAAGAAGC